AUGCCCUACUUCCUGCCUUUGCGUUCCACCUUACUUCCGGGUUGUGCGGUCCACAUGCAGGAAGUGACUUUUCAUCGACUGCUGCAGCCUCCCAGUGUCCGUGGAGAUCAGAGGAUGGACAAGCACAGGAGUCACAGGACAGAGAGGAUAAUAAAUAUCACCCUGGAGAUCAUCUACCUGCUGACUGGGGAGGGUGAAGCCCAAUUAAAUAAUAUUAAAGUCAAAGAUACAGAGGGAGAAGAAGAGACGUGUGUGACUGAUAUAAAGGCAGAAGAUAUAGAGGGAGAAGAAGAGACGUAUGUGACUGAUAUAAAGGCAGAAGAUACAGAGGGAGAAGAAGAGACGUAUGUGACUGAUAUAAAGGCAGAAGAUACAGAGGGAGAAGAAGAGACGUAUGUGACUGAUAUAAAGGCAGAAGAUAUAGAGGGAGAAGAAGAGACGUAUGUGACUGAUAUGAAGGCAGAAGAUAUAGAGGGAGAAGAAGAGAUGUAUGUGAGGGGUGAUCAGCAGUGUAAGGAGAAGGAGAUCCCUACAGAUAUCAGCACAGAUGGACACACAAGCAGGAACAUCUCAGAAGGACAUCUAAUGUUAUCCCCGGAUUGUGACAUAAAAGAUAAUGACAGUAGACAGGAUUCUCCGGGAGAUAACCCCAUUACCCCAAUUAUACAUCCAACUAUAUCAGCUGAUCCCUCUGAUCCUGGGAAAUGUUCUCCUGAUCACUCUGAUAUUGGUGCAUCUGUUACAGCUCUGAGAGUAGAUACAGUGUUUCCCUGUUCUGUAGAUGCCAAAUGUUUUACACAGAACACAAAGCUUAUUAACCAACAGACAGGUCACACAGGCGAGAAGCCAAUUUCUUGUUCUGAGUGUGGGAAAUGUUUUGCGCAGAAAUCACAUCUUGUUAUACACCAGAGAAGUCACACAGGUGAGAAGCCAUUUUUCUGCUCUGAGUGUGGGAAAUGUUUUGCACGGAAAUCAGAUCUUGUUAGACAUCAGAGAAGUCACACAGGUGAGAAUCCAUUUUCUUGCUCUGAGUGUGGGAAAUGUUUUGCACUCAAAUCAGAUCUUGUUAGACAUCAGAGAAGUCACACAGGUGAGAAGCCAUUUUCUUGCUCUGAGUGUGGGAAAUGUUUUGCACGGAAAUCAGAUCUUGUUAUACAUCAGAGAAGUCACACAGGUGAGAAUCCAUUUCCAUGUUCUGAGUGUGGGAAAUGUUUUGCAAUCAAAUCAGAUCUUGUUAGACAUCAGAGAAGUCACACAGGUGAGAAGCCAUUUUCUUGCUCUGAGUGUGGGAAAUUUUUUGCGAGAACAAGAGCCUUUUUUGCAAGGACUGUGCCAACAGUAGCCAGUAGAGGAAUCAGGCGUAUCCCACAGAAUAUCUUUGCUACCACCAUACAUUGGGGAGAGAAGAUAAAGUGCAGAUUUCUGAACAUUGCUUUUAGAAAGAACUUAAGAAGUGCAUAG